AUGUCGCUUCUCGGAAGCUAUAAAGCCCGAAUCACCAAGGCCGCCAAAGCACUUCGUGAGAAGAUCUCAGAAGUCGAUGAGGCCAUUCUUCAACCGCUGGAUCCUGUUUUGGAGGCAAAACCUGAUAUCGCGUCAGCUGAUACCCUACCACCGCGGGCGUCAAGCGCCACCCAAGGAUUCGGUGUCUCCCCCAAUCACCCGCUAACUUUUGGCAAUCCCUUUAUGACUUCUUCUUGCCCCUCACCGAAUCCUUUUGCAGUAUCUUCUACUCCUCCCAACCCCACUUCAUCGCAAUCGUCCGUGGAGCAAUCGUUGAAACUGCCGAGCUUCGAGAUUUCAACAUUUCAUGGCGAUAUCGACAGGUUCUACGAGUUUUGGGACCUUUUUUCGACGGCCUUGCACAAUAACACCAGUGUACCUGUGCCAGUCAAGUUCACGUAUAUGAAGUCCCAUUCACGAGGACCUGCUGCGAACAUCAUCGCCGGCUUUCAAUCAACGGCUGAGAACUACGAUGAAGCAUAA